GUGUACAGAAGUUCUGUCGUUGCAUCAUUUCAGGCGCUGAGGAGAAUACUAUUAAUUCACCCCUUUGUGUCAACGACAAAGAAUCCACGGAAUGAAUACACCGCUGAUCAUGCGUAAACACACAGCCACGUAUUUCUUCUUGCGUUUUAUUCCUUCUGUGCGCUCCUCCUCUUACCUCCUUCCGUCGCUUGUGGACUUCAAUGCACAACGCAUCAGCUGUAUGUGAUCAGGCAAAAAAAAAACGUUCCAAGCCAAACCACCACACACAGCCUGCAUCGUUGUCACCAUAUUAGCUAAAGUAAUGUCCUCGUCAACAUGGCUCAUUGAACUAAUGCGUUAGUAAACCCACUACAAUCAUGCAGUAACUUUACAGUGUCGGGCCCCGGUGGCAAUACAUUAGUAAAACCACAAGCUUACCUUGACUUGGAAGAGUUCCAGUGUUGUUAGUCAUAGCCAGCUAGCUAACAUAGCAUCCUGCUGUUUGGGCAGAGUGUUUCAGUAGGCUAAACUAGCUAGCUGCAUUUGCUAGCUAAGUAAGUGAAACUGAAAGUGGGAAAAAAUGACAAUCUCUCUAUACAUUUCUCUCUGGCUUCUCCUUAAUUUUCAUUGUCUUUCUCUCUCUUUGAGUCAACUAGUCACCACAUGCAUUGCAAUGCUAGCUAGCAAUAUCUUAUGCUUUCAGUACUAGAUUAAUUCUCUGAUCCUUUGAUUGCAGUUUGUGCUGCAAGAGCUCUGAUAGGUAGGAGGACAUCCUCCGGAGGUUGUCAUAAAUACUGUGUAAGUCUAUUGUAAGGGGUUAGAGCCAAGAGCCUCCUAGAUUAAAAAAAAAAGUCAAUGUACCCAGAGGAGGACAAAAGCUAGCUGUCCUCCGGCUACCUCAUGGUGUUACCCUACAGAGUGCUGUUGAGGCUACUGUAGACCUUUGCAAAAUAGUGUGUUUUGAUCAUUAAUUGGUGGCGUGAUUAUAUUUAGUAUUGUUUUAUCUAAAAAGGAUAACUUUUUACAUGUUUUACUAUUUUUUUAUGAAAUUCACUGAGGAUGGUCCUGCCCUUCCUCCUGAGGAGCCUCCACUGGUUGAAAGCCCCAGGAUGUGUGGUAUAUGGGCCUUGUUUGGCAGUGAUGAGUGCCUGUCGGUUCAGUGCACCAGCGCUAUGAAGAUUGCCCACCGGGGCCCUGACGCCUUUCGCUUUGAGAACAUCAACGGCUUCACUAACUGUUGUUUCGGCUUCCAUCGCCUGGCUAUUGUAGACCAGCUGUAUGGCAUGCAGCCCAUCCGCAUCAAGAAGUUCCCCUACCUCUGGCUUGUCUACAACGGAGAAAUCUACAACCACCAUACGCUGAAGGAGCGGUUUGAGUUUACUGACUACCAGACCAAAGUAGAUGGUGAGAUCCUGCUUCACCUGUAUGAGCGCUUCGGCAUUCAGAAGAUGGCGUCCCUAUUGGAUGGAGUGUUCGCCUUCGUCCUCCUGGACACAGCCAAUAGGAAGGUUUUCCUGGGGAGGGAUACGUAUGGCGUGCGGCCUUUGUUCAAACUACUGACUGACGACGGCUUCCUGGCUGUGUGCUCUGAGGCAAAAGGUCUGACUGAUAUCACCCACUCAAUGUCCUCACCUCCUAAGAUCACUCCAUUCCUCCCAGGACACUUUGAGGUGUUUGACCUGAAGCCCACAGGGAAGGUAGGGUCUAUUCAGAUGGACCGCUUCCACUGCUGCACCCAGGAGCCCAACCACGCUGCCUAUGACACAGUAGAGAGGCUCCCCUCAGGUUUUGUCCCAGAGACAGUGAAGAGCAACAUCCGCUCUUUGUUUGAGAACGCUGUCCGGAAACGCCUCAUGGCCCACAGGAGGAUCGGCUGUCUUCUCUCAGGUGGUUUGGACUCUAGUCUGGUGGCAGCUACGCUGGUUAAACUGGCCAAAGAGGAGAAGUUGAAGUACCCCAUCCAGACCUUCGCUAUCGGGGCUGAAGACAGCCCAGACAUUCUGGCUGCUCGCAAGGUGGCGUCCUACAUCGGCAGUGAGCACCACGAGGUGAACUUCACCCCUGAGGAGGGUCUCAAAGCCGUGGAGGAGGUCAUCUUUCACCUGGAGACCUAUGACAUCACCACCAUACGCGCCUCUGUCGGCAUGUACCUAGUGUCAAAGUACAUCCGUGAGAAGACUGACAGCGUGGUGAUCUUCUCUGGGGAAGGCUCUGACGAGCUUACACAAGGAUACAUCUACUUCCACAAGGCUCCCACUCCCAAGGCAGCAGCAGAGGACAGUGUUCGUCUGUUGAAGGAGCUGUACCUGUUUGACGUGCUCAGAGCAGACCGCACCACCUCUGCACAUGGUCUAGAGCUGAGAGUGCCUUUCCUGGACCACAGGUUCACAGCGUACUACCUCUCCCUGCCUGAGGAGAUGAGGCAACCCAAGGAUGGAGUGGAGAAGCACCUCCUCAGAGACUCAUUUAAAGGUCUGAACCUGAUCCCAGACGAGAUCCUAUGGCGGCGUAAAGAGGCCUUCAGUGACGGAAUGACGUCUGUCAAGAAGUCCUGGUACAACAGCCUGCAGGACCAGAUGGAGUCUGAGGUGAACGACUUCCAGCUGGAGAAGUCUUCUAAGACGUUCCCGUUCCUCCCUCCCAGAACCAAAGAGGCAUACUUCUACCGCCAGGUGUUUGAGAAGCUUUACCCGGGCCAAGCUGAGUGGCUCAGCCACUACUGGAUGCCCCGCUGGAUCAAUGCUACAGACCCCUCAGCCAGAACCCUCUCCAUCUACAAGCCUGACAAGGACCAGUGAUACAGAAGCAACAGUGGCUCUUCUCCAGUGUCCUCACUUGCGUAGCACUUAGAGUGAAGCAGUCUAUUGAGCAUGCAUGCAUUCUAAGUGGUAUGCUAGUAUGGAUAUUGGAAUGUAGACUGUGUCAGCUGUCAAUCACUUGUGCCAUUAUUACUACACCUCCCCUUCACACCAUUACUACACCUCCCCUUCACCACAUACCUAUCUGGAAACAGUCUGAUGCUAAAGUUGUGAUUUUUAUGGAAUUUUGGGUAACGAUUAGGCUUACUUUUCAUGCAAAUGGUCACGGUUAUUGUAAUUUUUGUUUAAAAAUGGUUUGACCUUGUAACGCUUCAUAAUGCAUCUUUAGAUAAGUCAUAUCUAAUUAGCUACGAUAAACCUAAUGAAUAGAACACAGCAUUGGUGACAUUCCUGUUUCAAAAACGAAUGGAUUUGACCUCUUGGAACUUUUGGAAAUGAAACUUCUCCCAACCGUGCCGUUCCGCUCAUAAAAUGAUUACCAACUUUACCCAUUUCAUGUAAAACUGCUAUUGGGUAAAUUAUUUCUACUUGAAUAUAAAGUUGAAUCCCCCAUUCUCCUGAAACUUGAAUCUAAAGUUGAAUCCCCCUUUUCCUAAAAUGAAUUUAAGACUAUUUUUUUAGUUCACGUUAUUGACCAUAAUUGUCGGUUACACAAUUAUGCGAUAAUUAUGGCAGCUCUAUGGAGGAAUCAUCAAGCUCUAGUACUUAACCAGUGUUAAUUACAGUUACAGGGUCAGUACUGAUUUGGGAAACUGCUGUUUCACUAGGAAUAGUUGAUAAUGUUGGAAGACUGGAAUGAUGCUGUAGGCCAUCUAUCUGGAAUUCAGUAGCACUACUGUAAUGCUUUCAUCGAUUAUAGUACCAUAUGGUGAUUACAUAGUACAUAUUAUUAUAUCUAAAUUACAUACAUAUUUUAACAGCUUCAGACAUUGGCUAAACCUUAACAUGAUAUUUAACUGUUCCUAACGAGUGCUUUUUUCUGUCAUUUACAUUAAGUUAGAUGCGUAUAACCGGUACUGCAAUUGUCCUUUUGCCUCUUACCCAGACAGGGAGUAGGCUGUAAUAGGUUCAAUUCUGUGCAAGAAGAUGUCUUGAUUAUGUCACAGGAGACAAUAGACAGGAUAGCUUUUAGGUAUAGAUCAGUUGCGGUCAGUGCCGUUCUAUUUCAGCAUGUUGGAUGACUGUCAUUCAUAUUCCAUUGAGCCAGUUCAAUGUAACAGCGAUAGGUUCAGACUACUACGUGCUUCUCAUAUUUCCCUAUACCCAUCAUGAGGCUGCUACAACCUAGCCUAUGAAUUAACGUUUAUAACGUAGCUGCACACAGGUCUAGAGACAUAUUUGAGGUGACAGAUGGUGACAGUCAAUACCGCCUUGUACACUCUGUCCUGCAUCUAGCUGAUAUAGGACGUAAUCAUUGGUCCAACAGUUGAAACAGCGCUCCGACUGGAGGGUAACACCCUGCAUGGCCUGGGUCUCUCAUAUGGACUGUCACUAUCAGUGACACUUGCGAUGUCUAACAAUGACACAACUCUGUUUCUCCCCGUUUUGUUCCGUUUGCUUACUUUUUAAGAAACGCGUUUCAACAGAAUCCGCGGAAUGAAUACACCACUGAUCACGCGUAAACACACAGCCACGUUGUAUUUCUUCUCGCAUCUGCGCGCUCCUCUUACCUCUUUCCGUCGCUUGUGGACUUCAAUGCACAACACAUCAGCUGUAUGUGAUCAGGCAAAAAAAAACUUUCCAAGCCAAACCACCACACACAGCCUGCAUCGUUGUCACCAUAUUAGCUAAAGUAACGUCCUAGUCAACAUGGCUAAUAUAACUAGUGCGUUAGUAAACCCACUACAAUCAUGCAGUAACUUUACAGUGUCGGCCCCGGUGGCAAUACAUUAGUAAAACCACAAGCUUACCUUGACUUGGAAGAGUUGUGUUAGUCAUAGCCAGCUAGCUAACAUAGCAUCCUGCUGUUUGGGCGGAGUGUUUCAGUAGGCUAAACUAGCUAGCUGUAUUUACUAGCUAAAAAACGACAAUCUCUCUAUAUACACUUUUUUCUUGCUUCUCCUGCAAAUUGAAGAAAUUAAUUUGUUCAAAACUGUUCAACUAUUGUCUUUCUCUCUCUUUGAGUCAACUACGCACCACAUGCACUGCAGUGCUAGCUAGCUAUAGCUUAUGCUUUCAGUACUAGAUUAAUUAUCUGAUUCUUCGAUUGGGUGGACAACAUGUCAUUUUGUAUUUGUAUUGAUUAUGGAUCCCCAUUGCUGCAAGAGCUCUGAUAGGGAGGAGGACAUCCUCCAGAGGUUGUUAUAAUUACUGUGUAAGUCUAUGGAAGGGGUUGAGAACCAUGAGCCUCCUAGGUUUUGUUUUGAAGUCGAUGUACCCAGAGGAGGACUGAAGCUAGCUGUCCUCCUGCUACACCUUGGUGCUGCCCUACAGAGUGCUGCUGAGUCUACUGUAGACCUUCUUUGCAAAAUAGUGUUUUAAUCAAUUAUUUGGUGAGUGAUUAUAUUUAUUAUAGUAUUGUUUCAUCUAAAAAAUAAUUACUUUAAAAAGUUUUACUUAAAAAAAAAAAUGAAAUUCACUGAGGAUGGUUCUCCCCUUCCGCCUCUGAGGAGCCUCCCCUGGUAUAGAUGGUAUAGACAUUCUCCUGUUCUUUACCCAACCUGAUAAAGAGAAGUACCCCAAUUCAACUCAUGUCUUUUAAACAUUUUAAAUGUCAGAACAGAAUUAUGAUGAAACUUUGUAAUGCUUUGAUCAAUCCCCAAGGUUCUUUCUUUGAACAUUUCUUAUUGAAAAGGAUAAUGCUCAACACUCACUCACCAUUAAAAAAGUAGUAUUUUAUUGAAGCAACUAUAAAAGCUUGACUAUUGGGCCAUAAUCAUAACAUGUUUUCACCCCCCCCAAAUCAGAGCAAAGACCAUGACAUGGUGUAAUAGUGGUCUAUAAACCAUAAUAAAGUGUGUGUGCGUGGAUGUGUGUUUUUGUAUUUAUGUGAGGGUUCUUGCGUGAGUGUGUCGUUGAGAUGACAAUAGAAUGUGUUACAGAUUGAAUGUCAAGCUGGGAACAACAUGAUUCAAUUGAAGACAAAACAUACUUGAGACAGACUCGUAUAAUGGGUGACAUUACUUAAGGAAAAUAGUGAAACCAAAAGACACACUGGAAGUUGGAUGCUAACCAUGGUGCAUUUGAUUGCACUUUGUUUUCUCAACUACGGUCCAUCUAGAGUCUAGACUGAUGGAAAUGUAUGAAACUACAGCAUUAGAUGUCUAAAGUGAUGUACAUAAUGCUAUGUGUCUGUCUACUGUAUUUCAUCCUAACCAUGACUGAUAUAAAAAGUGCCCCAUACCCUUGACAA